AAGACAAAGGCCGCUGCACAACCGCCGGCGAGCGGAAAAAGAACGUUUGUCACACGAACUGACAAAACGAUGCACAUGGACUGACUUCACAGGCGGGCAGUAAGAAAUACAUCUUUCUGUGGAUGGAUUUCAUCGACCAGCAACGUAAUAUCACUUAUAAUGUAACCUUGGUUCCGCUCCUUCGGAAGUGCCAGUUUGAAGUGACAUGGUGAUAUUUUUUGAAUGGCACCGGGCAGCUGUGGACGAGAAGAGCAGCAGUGGUUUGCCAAUGACUGGUGAAGACACUGGUUUGGGGGCUUUGGCCUCACCGCUGGCGGGGUAUUUGGGAAAAGUUCAGGAAAGAGCUGCUUCACUGGAGCAUUGUCCCUGGUGUACCUCGAAGGGCUCAACCUAUGCUCUGCGGUCGUACCGCAUCAACCUCCAGGAGUCAAUCACCCUCUGCACAAACCCACAGUGCCUUUUCCCUCUGGUCAGCCAGUCCUUGGGAGAUGUUUUGGCUAGCUUGGAACCUGUGGAGCUCGCGGUUGGGAACAAAAGAAAAAAUUCCUCGGUACUGGAAAAGGAAGAGUUGAUUAAACGCCCAACCAAACGUCUGCGAUCAAGUGAACUUGACAGUCCUGGGACACAAAGUGUUACUGACACACUUAUCAGCCAGGCAGAGCAUUGCGCUGUAAACACCGUCAGUAAUGGCCAACACGCAGCACCCCAGGCAGAUGGUGAAAAGGCAAACGGAUACCACAGGGAUUUUGAUUGUCCAGUUACUGAGACAACAGGAUUGGAAUUACUACAAAAUGAAGAUGUUGUUCUGAGGAAGGAACUAGACAUUUCUGCUUGUACAGAAGGCUUUGCUCCUCCUACAUGCUCAGCCUCAGCCGGACACCUACAGAGCUCAUCAGAAGCCUUGCUGACUGCUGAUGAGGAUGUGCCUGCACUCUCUUCUCCCUGUGGUGCUCUUGGUGUAUCAGAGACAGGGGGUGAUUUCAGGCAGGUGAAGGGUCAUCCUGAGGUGCUGAACAGACGGUGCAGUAUGGCAUCCAAUCAGUCCGGCUUCACAAAUGAGGACAUUUACUCAACUGGAAUCAAUACUCCAUCGCCUCAGCUCAAUGAGCAGACAGCAAGGAGGGAACAGAAAUCGGUGCCUGCAGACGUCACCACAUGUAAGGACAUAGCAGGCAUUGAGUCGGAAACUGAAGAUUUUUCUUCUACCUCAGUAACAGAGUCAGAGGAACUUGAUUCUGUUCCGAAUCAGCUUUUCUGGAGUAACAGCAACAACCUGUGUUGGCUGGACUCACUGCUCGCUGCUUUGGUCAACUGUAAGAGCUUGAGAAAGUGUAAACCUACGGAUGAGCCUCAGCGGUCAUCUGUCUGGCAGCUGAUGAGGGGAUAUGAAGACAUAUGUAAUGCCGUUCAGGUCCAUCAACAGACUGGCAGAGAUGGCGUGGUGAAGGUUCCAAAUCAUGUGCUGCAAAAGGCCAAUGCAGACCUAGAGAAUCUGAGGAUGUCAGUCUUCAAACUGCUGCAGCCCAAGCUGCAUUGCAAAUUGGGUCAGAGGGAGACUCCAGUGUUUGCUAUGCCGCUUCUGCUAGGAAUGGACUCUUGGGUGGAGCCUCUCUUCCAGUCAACCUUUCACUGGGAGUUCAAGUGCAGUGAAUGCAAAGCUGCUUCAAGAGAAACGCUUAUGAAAACUCUUCCCACCUUCACAAAUAUUGUUCCUGAUUGGCGCCCUCUUCAUGCAGUUCAUUCGGCCCCCUGCAAUGUAUGCUGCAAAAAGAAUCAGAGGAGGACUAUGACGCUGGAGAGUGUGCCUCCAGUGUUCGUGCUGCACUUUGUCGAGGGGCUUCCUGACAAUGAUGUCAAAAUCUACACCUUCACCUUCAAAGGGAGACGCUUCUCGGUCACCACUGUCAUACAGUACAUCCGUCAACUGAAGCACUUUGUCACCUGGAUUUGUAAUUCUGACGGGUCAUGGCUGGAGUAUGACGACUUGAAACAUCCACACUGUAAGACCCAUCAGAAAUUCCCGGUCCCUGCUGAGGAGAUGCACGUUGUCUUCUGGGAAGUGGAGGAGGAUAAAGAGCCCGGUGUCUGUUCUCCCUCCAGCACUUUCUCUGACUUUCCGCCUUCUAAAAAUGAAAUGAACCCCAGUCUAAGUGGCAGAGACUUAGCAGCAGAGGAACUGUUGGCUUGCUCUCCAGAUCAGUCUUUUCUCAUGUCUCACAAUGACACCGACAUUGUCUGUGCGCUCUCGGUAUCUGAAGACAGCAACAGCAUCAUGGACAAAACCAUUACAGCCGGCCUUGAUACUUCGAUAGGUUCCACAACGCUGAUCGACACCUUCGAGGGCCUUAGCCAUAAUGACAUCAUUACACUCACACUGGUGGAAUUAAAAAAUGAUUCUGAAAUGCAGCCAUUAAACGACAGCGAACAAACUCAGGAUUUGAUUGUGUCCGGCGAGAACGAAAUACUUGAAGCGACGCCGGAUAGCUCCUCCGCUGUAACAGGCAGCGAGAUGUGUCGCGACCCAGAUAUUGCGCUUCCAGCCACCUCAGUCUCAUCUGACCCUGAAUCUGGGGACGGCUCGUCUAGUGAUCCAACAUUUGUGCCCGGUGCCAGGAGAGGGAGAGGGAGAGGCAGAGGGAGAGGAAUUGGCAGAUGCAAAACCGUUAGUAGACAAAAAGGUAAAAAGGCAGCCUCAUCAAAAGCAGCUCCACCUGUUUCACCACCUGUGUCUUCUGAGCCCACCGAAGUAAUCGGUGACAAACCCGUGGCUGCUGCUGCUCAGGAAAACACACCACCUGUUGAAACUACUGAUACCUCACCCAUGUGCACCAGUCAGAAAAGUCCCACAAUGGCACCAACAAUAGAUCAGAACGCCCGCUGGUCCUUCCUGCUCAGCAAACACCCACUAAACCAUGUUAACACGUCCACUGUGAAACUCGCCCCCGCCCACACACCCACCCCGGUCACACAAGUAAAGCCCACUCCUCCCACUCACUCUACCCCCAACCCUGUGAGAAGACAGCAGAUUCCUGGAGGUCUCUUCCCUAAACCACAGCUCAGGACAGAGGAGAGCGAGGGUCUCCCACUGAAAGCUGCAGAAAUGUACGGUGCAUUCAGUGCCAAGUGCUCAAACACCCCAAGUCCGCUCCCGUCCCCUGCGCUUCUCAAUGACAAACCAAAGCUGUUUCAGCCCGUCGCCUCUCACCACCAGAAAUCACUGAGGAACGCAACAGAGGUGUCUUGUGCAUUACUACCUACGCCGAAAGCAAAGGGGGUCCCUGAGCUCUCCUCCUCCAAGAAACCGAGCGGCCAGUCCUCGAAGGUUCCUCCAGGUCUAAGCGACACUGAAGCCCUCAGGUACAAGCUGAUAAAGAAACUGAAAGCAAAGAAGAAGAAGCUCGCCAAGCUGAAUCAACUGUUGGGUCAUCAGGCAGGAGUCGCCCUCCGACCGGACAGCACUGACCUGAGUUCUCCCAACACCGUUACCUCCAGUACCUAUGACGGCUCCACCUGCGACGACUUCCUCUCCGACCUGCUUUCACCAGCAACGACAGCCAGCAACCUCUCACCAGACAGCACUGGCUUCCUAGAGAUCCUGGCCAGCAGACAAGAUGGAGUCGACCAUAUGGACUGUGGGGUCAACGCCGUCGGUGCAGUGUCACAGACGAACGCUUGUAUGAACGGCGCCAGUGGGAACAGUGAAAACUUCCUGGAUGAGUUUCUCUCGCAGGCUGUGGCUCAGGGACCGACUGAGAUGGAGAGCGAGGCUCUCAGCGCACUUGAACUUUUCAUUUAAGCUGCGGGUUCAGGUUUUGCCUACAGGCUACAAGAUUAACACUGAUUUAAUGUUGUGAGAAAAUUAUGCAGAAUGUACUUGAUUAACAGUCUACGUCUCAUCCAACAGUAGGGUCGUGUUCUGAUAGCCAGUUCCAUUUAGGAUCCGGUCCCAAUUCAGUAAAAUACCAGGAUUUAUUAAGAUCUGCUACCAGCGAAUCCCUUAUCGUAUCCUUCAAAUCUCGUUCUCUGUUUAGCUAGUUUAGUUUAUUCUCUCUAGCCACUGUCCCCGACACUACAGGCCUCGCCAAAGGAAAGAACGACGUAGACAGAUAUAAAGUGACCACAAUGAACACGUAACAUGUCAGUGACGCUGUUGUUAAGACCGCACACGGCCGACAGGCUUAAACCUUUCAAAGUCAACAAAACAACUGUAAAAUGUAACAUUUGCGGGAGGGUACUCACGACGAAUGGGGGGGGGGCAACAAGUCCUUUGUUUAAAAAUCUUCCGUCCAACAUUUUUAAGUAAGAACGUUUGACGACUUGAGAAGGACGAGUGCUCAGCCUGACAGUGUCACGUCGUAUUCUGCGACCCGUCAGAUUCUGUGACCUGUGGCCCCUGCAACAGUGAGUUUGUCUUCAGGUAACACUAACCGCACUGUGCACGCAAAACCUCAGCGAUUUAUUGAAUUGAUACUCACCGAAUGAUAAAGUAGAAUUAAUAUUAUUUUCACUCCACCAAGUGAGGAGCAAGAUGAGUAAGGACAGUUUUAAUGAACGUCACAGAGCAGAGACAAAAUACCUGGUGAAAACCCAACAACUGUUAAUUACCGUAGUUUCUGUCAGUGUCAGUGUCGUGCUUCUCUCCUAAUUGGUCCCUAAAUCACAUUUAAAACGACGUUUUGUGUUAUUAACAUGAUUAGAAGAAGCUGGAUUCUUAAAUACCAAAUUACAUCUUUUGUUAUACGAAACAGUUGAAGUUUGCUUUGUUACUGCGCUGAGUGAAAUGAGAGCUUUGCAUUUUUUUAACCAACAGUUGUUUCCAUUCCCCGUCAAACAGACUACCUAAAAAGAUUCAAUAAGGGAUUCGAAGCUGGAUUCAGAUUCGAAAAACACACUGUUGAAGCCCAUCCCCGUCUAUCACUCACACUUGUCAGUUUCUCCCCACAUGAAGAUGUAGUCUGCAAGUUUAAAGUAGUGAAAUCUCUGUGUAUUUAUGUUGCUAUUAAUUUAGAUAACUUCAUGAAGUUUGUAUAUGUGUCAACAAUGUUGGCGAUUGUAUGUCGAACCAUGGAUAAAAUUUGUAAACCGCAUCUUGAAAUGUUUUCUGCAAGUUUGGCACUUUGUAGUUAAGAUAUACUGUAUGUAUCUGGGUUGUGUGAACCUACCGUGUUUACAGCCAAAGCUGUUUGUAUGCUUGUUUUGUUAUUUUGACAAAUUACUUGAAAAUUCUCAUGAAAGAUGCUACUUUUUUUAAGUGUCAUUUAAUAAAUGCUUAGAUGACUCUUAUAAUUA